AUGAGUGAUAGAGCAAGGAGUCCAAGGUUGGAAUUGCGGCUGAACUUGUCCCCGCCACGUGACCCAUCAUUGGAGUUGUCGACUUCAUCAUCAUCGGAGGGCUCAUGCGUGUCUUCAGAGGCUGAUGAAGAGACAAGGGUCAUGCUUCUCUUAGGUUGUCUUCGAUGUCUUAUGUAUGUUAUGUUAUCAAAGGCUGAUCCCAUUCCCAAAUGCCCCAAGUGUAAAAGUACUGUGUUGCUUGACUUCCUUAAUAACAAGCCAAACACCAACAACACUAGCAGCCAGGAAGAUUAA